GUUUCGAAUAGCAAAUUGAUGCAAUGAUAGUUCGUCGAAGGCGAAGGACAUUAGAUAACAAGCAAUCGCAGAUGCAAAGCGCCAAGUUUGAUUAUGAACAUAUUUCUACUAAUUGUGUCGAAAACGUUGUCGAACAGAAGGAGAAAGACGGAGAAAUUGUUUCAAAUGUAAUUGAGAAGUUUAAGACGCUGGAAACGCUAAAAACUCGAAUUAAAAUCAGUCUCGAAGUUGAUUUAAUUUCAGUUAUUUUAUUAGUAAGUGGAAUUGUUACUCGAUUUUAUCGUUUAGAAGAACCACGGAGUAUAGUGUUUGAUGAAUUGCAUUAUGGAAAAUAUAUAGGACUUUACAUGAAAAGAACAUUUUUUUUUGAUUCACAUCCUCCUUUGGGAAAACAACUUAUUUCUGCAGUAGCGUAUUUAGCUGAUUUCGAUGGUCAAUUUAAAUUUGACAGGAUAGGAAGCCCUUACGCAGAUAUUGUCCCUUUGUUUGCAUUACGAUUAGUACCGGCAUUAUGCGGCAGUCUAUUAAUUCCGACAGCCUAUCAUUUGAUUUUAGAAUUAGGUUUAAAACAAUGGACUGCUGUUUUGGCGGGAAUUUUAUUACUAUUCGACAAUGCUUUGUUAACACAAUCUAGAUUUAUUUUAAUGGAAAGCAUUCUAAUGCAGUUUUCAUUAUUUGGACUGAUAUGUAUUAUCAAAUUCAGAAAAGUAAUGGAUCGACUAACAUGUUUAUCUUGGUGGAUAUGGUUAAUUUUGGGCAUUACUAAUUUAACAUGUGCAUUAUGUGUAAAAUAUGUUGGAUUAUAUUCAUUGAUCCUUGCAUUAUUUUUAAUUGCUUAUGAUUAUUGGAAUCUAAUACCAAGAAAAACUUUAUCUAACACAAUAUUAUGCAUUCAUCUUAUGAUAAGAAUAUUGAUAAUAUUAAGUGUUAUUUGUACUGUUUAUUUGACUGUAUUUUACAUACAUUUAACAAUACUCUCUAAAGCUGGGCCACACGAUUCAGUAAUGACAAGUGCUUUUCAAGCAAGUCUAGAUGGUGGUCUUGCUAGCAUUACAAAAGGCCAGCCUUUAGAAGUUACGCAUGGAUCACAGAUUACCUUGAGACAUACAUAUGGAAGAGCUUGUUGGCUUCAUAGUCAUAGUCAUAUGUAUCCAUUAAGAUAUCCAGAUGGAAGAGGCAGUUCUCACCAACAACAAGUUACAUGUUACUCAUUUAAAGAUGUCAACAAUUGGUGGAUUGUGAAAAAACCAGAGCGAAAUGAUUUAGUUGUUACAACACCUAGUGAACCAAUAAAACAUGGAGAUAUAAUACAAUUAGUACAUGGAAUUACAAGUCGAGCUUUAAAUUCACAUGAUGUUGCUGCCCCAAUGACACCUCAGAGUCAAGAGGUGUCUUGUUAUAUUGAUUACAAUGUAUCUAUGCCUGCUCAAAAUUUUUGGAAAGUUGAGGUUACUAACAAAGAUAAUACUGGUGAUGUUUGGCAUGCGAUUCAAAGCCAGAUUCGAUUAAUACAUGUAAAUACAGAUUAUGCACUAAAAUUUAGUGGAAGGCAAUUGCCUGACUGGGGCUUCAACCAGCAUGAAGUAGUGGCAGAUAGAUUAGUAGACCAAACAGACUCCAUAUGGAAUGUUGAAGAACAUAGAUAUACUAAAAGUGAAGAUCAGAAGCAAAGAGAAAGAGAAUUAAUUAAUGCUGAAAUGAUUCCAUUACAAGCUACUACUUUGAGCUUUUGGGAAAAAUUUGUAGAAUUACAGAUAAAAAUGCUUUUCAGCGGUCAAGAAGGACAAAACAGUCACAUGUAUUCUAGUGAUCCUUUAGAUUGGCCAUUAAUGUCUAGAGGAAUUGCAUAUUGGGUUUCUAAUGACAGUAAUGCUCAAGUGCAUUUAUUAGGUAAUAUAGCAGUUUGGUAUUCUGGAACGGCAUGUGUAAUUGUCUAUUCAUCUCUUUUAAUAUUUUAUACGUUAAGACGGAAACGAAUGUGCUUUGAUAUUACAUAUGAAGAGUGGAAGAAAUUUGUUAAUGUUGGAAGCAUGUUGUUAGCUGGAUAUUUAUUACAUUUUUUGCCUUUUAUAUUUGUUGAAAGAACUCUAUUUCUUCAUCAUUAUUUACCAGCAUUUAUUUUUAAACUACUGCUUACAGCAGCAACAAUAGAACAUUUAUAUUAUGUAAUUAGAGUUCGGUAUCAGCACAAUUUUUUGAUAUACACAUUAAAGUUUUGUACUAUCGUAUGGAUCACCUUUAUUAUUUAUGUAUUUAAAAAAUUUAUUAUACUUAGUUAUGGCACAACUCAUUUAAGUGCCAAGGAAGUUUUAAAGUUCAGAUGGAAAGACACAUGGGAUUUUAUUAUACAUAAAACAUAAUAGACAAUCAAAGAUGUAAAGUUUUUUUAAGUAUACAUUUAUAAAGUUGUUAUCUGCUUGUAUCAAAAGUUAUUUAAUGUAUCACUUAUAUAUACAUUGUAUGUUGAUAUUAUAGAGAACAAAUUUUAAUAAUUGUAAGAACAUUGUUCAAAUGUUCAAGGUACAAGUUUAAUUCACAUAUCUAGAUGUAUUAUUCUUCUUAUUUUUUUACAUAACGAAAAGUAUAUGAUAAAUUAUA